GGAGAAGGAUGCCGACACCAGAGUUGAAGGUCGUUCGGGUGGGAGAAAGUGGCGGUUGAACUUGGAUGGAUUACAUCGCGUAGUUGUAAGUGGGAGUUUCUGCUGUUGUGCGGGCGCAAAUGCUUGUCAUUGAUGUCGAUUGGGCGAUGUUUCGUCGGGCAGGUGCCGUGGUGCAGCUCUCCGCUAAUUUGGGAUGCCUCGGCACGCGACUCGUUAAGGCCUGAUCGGGUUUCCACUUCCCCAUCUUUUCGGCGCGCCCCGGAGUGGGCGAGGUGGGAUCGGGUCUCCCCUGGACGGAGCCGGCUUGGAAGCUCGGCCGCAGUAAGCGCACUGGAAUGCACCGAGAAGGUGUCUAUGAUUGGUCGAGCGCUUCGUGAUCACCGUACAACAACUCGUGGGACCUCAUUUUCAACAUCUUUCUUAGUCCUCACAGAGUCUUUGUUGUCAACACACAGUGGCUCGUGAGUGGCAUGGGAGACCUGGAACCAAAAUAAGCCACCAGAUAGGUAUAUGAAAGCAACGAACACUAGGGGUAUAACAUUCCGAAGAUGCCUGAUGGAUAUCUCUGCUGACUAUGAAAUGAGGUGCUGACCUGUACAUGGACAAAAUAGCCUAUCAUCAAGCUUGUCCAUCUCAUGUUCGCUGUGGGUUCUCUUCACAU